AUGGGGCCGCGCGGGCCGGGCGCGGGCGCGGGCUCCGGCGGCGGCGGCGGCGGCGGGUUCGGGCGCAGGCAGCGGCCGCGGCGGCCGCAUCGGCCUCCUGCGUGCCGGGGCCCCGCUCCUGCUGCUACUGAUGCUGCUGCUGCUGCUGCUGCUGUCGCUGCCGCCGCUGCCGCUGUCGCUGCCCGCCGCCUGCAUGCGCUCCAGCCGCGCCGGCAUCCUCGGGGCGCCGCGCCCGGCCCGAUCCCCGGGGCGCCCGCCCGCGCCGCCGCUGGGCCUCGAGCCGCGUUCAGGGGCCGAGCCGCCUGGCCGCGGGAUGCCGGACGCCGGAAAGCCGCAUUCCGACACAGGGGGCCGACCUGGCCGCCGCCGCCGCCGUUCGCCCGGCCCGGCGCGCCGCGUUUUUCGGCGGCGCUCCGCGAGCCCGGGCGGCAAGGUGCACCUGUUCUUCAGCCGGCCCGCAGCCAACCCUCGGCCAGCACUCUCUGGGAGAGACCAAUCCGAGCGCAGCGCGGAGGGCGAGCGGCCGGGCUCGCCUCACUCCCGCCGCCCGCGGCUCCGCGCCGCCGCCGCCCGAGAGUCAAACUCCAGCGAGCUGCGCCGUCGCCGCCGCGAGCCCGGGUCCGGGGGCGCACUGGGAGUCCACGGCGGGUGCUGUCGGACCCACCGCGGAGGGAACCCCACAAUCCGCAGAGGAAUCGAAAUCACACCCCGGCGCCGCUGCCGGGUCACGCUUGGGAAGGUGAAACAGGAGACCGCGUCGGGGAUCCCAGGCGACGCGGACCUCGGGCCGGAGGUGGCUCCAGGCGAGCUCUGGCGGCCGGGCGGGUGCUGUGUGCGCGGAUCCGCGGCGGACGGGCUGGGCUUCAGGCAGAGUGGCGCCUCCCACCAACACCUAAUGGUGGUUUCUUAAUGUGCACAAGAGAAAUAAAUGAUCCAAGCAAACCCCCACUUGGAAGUGUGUGGCAAAAGCAGCUCCGGACCGAUCGUAAGCCCGUCUCCCGAACGGACCCCGCGGGGUCAGACUAACGCUGCGGGGCAAGGGAGCAAGGCCUGAGCGCGUGGGAGGGCGUCUGUGCACUCCCCGGCCUGAUGGCGGGUGCUGCUCGAUGGACAGCCACCUUUUCUCCGAGUUCCUCAGACAGAUGCUGGUGAAGCAGACGAGCUUUGUGCAGUUACACCUGUCAGAUAUCUACAAGCGGAUUGAGAACAACUUAUCUUAAAAAACAAAGUAUUGCCUUUAAAUGUAGGUGAAAGCACAGGUGGAGAGCCGAACAGUACGCUGAGAAGACUGCAGAGAGCAGAGGAUGCAUUGAAACGCGAAGCUCCUGGG